AUGCUAAAACAUCGUAUUUUCGAUUAUUGGGAAUUAAUUGUAAAAACUUAAGUAGCUCCCAAAAUACGCCACAUUGGAAAAACCUUAGCAUAAUAUGGAUAUAAAAUGUAAAUGCCUUUAACAUCUGAUGACAGGUUAGUUCCAUCAUUAAGAAAUUUAAAAAUGAAUAAUAAAACACCAAAUAUUUAAUAAUGCGAUUUUGUUGCGCCUAAUAGUGUAAUAAUAGGAGAUGUUUAAGCAAAAUAAAAUUCAUCUAUAUGGUAUGGAGCUACUUUAAGAGGCGAAUUAGGUCCUAUAGAAAUUGGUUAAUAGACUGUAAUUUAAGAUUUAGUUAAUAUAAAAUCUCAAAAAUUGAACUAAAAAACUAGUAUUGGAGAUAAUGUUUUUAUUGGACCAAAUUCAUAUAUUCAAGCUUGUUAAUUAGAGGAUAAUGCAUUUAUUGGAAUGGGAGCUACUGUUGCCAAUGGAUGUAGAGUUUCUUCGAGUGCUGUAGUUUCUGCCGGUGCUGUUUUAUAAGAGAAUACUACUAUUCCAUCUAAUUAGGUUUGGGCUGGAAAUCCUGCUUAAUAUUUGAGGGAUAUCACUCCAGAAGAAAAAUAGGUAAUUCAAGAACAUUUAUAAGAAUGUAUUUAGUUAGCCAGAAUUCAUGCUGAAGAAACUGAAAAGUCUUUCAGAGAAUAUAUUAAUGAUAUGGAUUAAAUGUAUGCUGAAUAAUCAUAUGAUCCUGAGGAUUUUGCCCUCUAAAAAUUACAAGAUUUAGGAUUUCCUAUGGAAUUUGAAGAUGAAGAUUAUAUGGAAUAAAGAAUUCAUAUGAAAGAAAAAUUAGCUCCUGAAGAAAGUGAAUUCUGGAAAAAAAAUUACGAUCCUUAUGAGCAAGAUUUGUUCCAUUUCCCAGAUAAUUUUAAAACAUAUUAACAAAAUUAUGAUAAAUAUGAUGAAAUUAAAAAAUAUUUUGACGAAAAUCCUAAUGUCGAAAGAACAGUUAUUGAUAGAGAAUUUAGUUAACCUAAAUAUGAUGCUCCUUGGUCAAAAAAAUACUGAGGUCUUUUUUUAAAAAAAUAAAAUAAAAAUUUAUAUUAUUUUUAUUUAUAAUCCAAUAAAUAACUGUAUUUUUUUUUCAUUAUUGAAA